GGGGCGCGGCGGAGCCCUGCGAAGAACGGGGCCGGGGAGCCCCCGCUGCCGCCCGGUUCCAGUCAGGAGCGCGGCUCUGCCCCGCAGCACGGGCAGGGCAGGCUCCAGGCUGCCCCUCUGGGAGCUCGGAGCCGGCUGUGGCCCGGUUGGGGGCUGAGCCAGCCCGCGCCCUGCUCGGCCGGGGGCCGCUGUGGGCGCGCUGAGGCGGGAGCAGGAGCUGAGGGGACCCGCGGGGCUGUGAGGCAGGGGGCGAGGGGCCUCGCUCCUGCAGGGUCGCAGCGGGAAGAUGGGCCGGCUGCUGUUAAAAGGCAGCUUCAAGCAAGCAAGUCUGCAAGCCAGGGCCCUUUUCACUGUGCCCUGAGGAGAAUCCAUUGACUAUGACCAGCUGAUGCUUAGCCGUGGGGGCUUGUGCAACACCAGGUGUCCUGUGAGUCUCAUCAGUGAUCAGAUCAGCAGACAGAAAGGAGGAACCCAGGUGGAAGUCAGGAGCUGACUUUGCAAGAAUGAGGUGCCUCACCCGGCCACUGCUCAGGAGGUUCUUGGGUCUUUUGCCUCAGUGUGUGCCAGCGGGAUUGAGCCAAAGUCCUGUCCUUGGCCCCAAGCAGUCAUCUUUGAGGCAGAGCUGCAGUGCAAGACCUGGGCUGGUGACUGCCAUUGAUGUGGUCGGCUACUGGCAGAAGGUGUUUGAGACAAACGGGAUCCCUGAGGCACGAGAAUCCAGCGAAUACAUCGUGUCCUUUGUCCUGGGAGCAAAAACAUUUCAGAGCUUGAACUCCGAAAAACUCCGUACUCCACUUACAGCAGUGCAGCAGGAGCAGAUCCAGCAGCUGUGUCACAGGCGACUAGAAAGAAUGCCAGUGCAGUAUGUGCUUGGUGAGUGGGACUUCCAGGACCUGACUCUGAAGAUGAGACCCCCUGUAUUUAUUCCUCGGCCUGAGACAGAGGAUCUCAUCUCCUUAGUUCUGGAGGAAGAAUCUCGGAAACAUAAGGAGAAGAAUUCAGGCCUCUGCUUCUCAGUUGCUGUCCCACAUCCCAUUAUCCUGGAGAUUGGCUGUGGCUCUGGAGCAAUAGCUCUGAGUCUUCUGUGCAAACUGCCUCAGAGCCGGGUGAUAGCUGUGGAUAAAGAAGAGGCUGCUGUGGAUCUCACCAAGGAGAAUGUGCAUAGGCUGCAACUCCAGGACAGGAUCCACAUCCUCCACCACAAUGUUUCAUAUGGUUCUGCCAAACAGCUUCUACUCUGGGGCCCCAUGGACUUCAUAGUCAGUAACCCCCCAUAUGUUUUCCAUGAAGACAUGGCUUCCCUGGAUGCAGAGAUCCUCUGCUAUGAGGAUCUUGGUGCACUGGAUGGAGGAACUGAUGGGAUGAGAGUUAUCAAAACAAUUCUGGCUCUGGCUCCUUCUCUUCUGAAGGAUUCUGGAAGCGUGUUUCUGGAAGUUGAUCCCAGUCACCCAGAUAUGGUGGAGAACUGGCUACAGGCACACCCGGACUUACUACUCACCCUUCGUGCUGUUCACAAGGACUUCUGUGGCAAGCCUAGGUUUCUGCACAUCCAAAAGCAAAGCAGAUGACAAUAGUGCUGGACAUAACAUUCCUUGCAGUGUGCUUUUUGCCGAUGAGUCCUGCUGAAUGGCUUGUUGAAAGCUGCAUGGCAAAAGGAAUCUUCACUUUGUUUUCCAGUGCAGUGAUCUCUCCAUGCAGUGACAGACCCUCAUUUCCUAAUACAGACUUCAUCUUGCAUUCCAGAGGUUCAACAGAGCAUUUAAAAGUGUUUCAACUUCUUCAGGGAUCUACAUGUGACUAGUUUACUCUGCUAAAGUGACUUACUAAUCUCAGAACCAAUAUGGAAGAGUUCACAGCUCCAGGUAUUUCAUUGCAAAUUUCAAAGAAAUACAUCAAAAAUACACUUUCUCAACACGUCAGAUCACCCGCUUAACCUGGAAGGAUUUUUUUUACCUUAUUUAACCUUGAGGUAAACUUUGAAAGAGUAUGACUGGAUUGGUUGAUCUAUGGAUCAGUCUGCCCCUUCCUUCGGAAUCUGCUUGUUUGGAGUAGAAGGGAAAAGCCUUGUAUUUGGACAGUUGUGGGCCACAGCUGACAAAGCAUCUCUUCCUAUCAUACAUGUUUUCACUCUCUAUUCGUGGUUACAUAGGUCACUGGCUCUACAGGAAGGAGCUCUGCUGGUGUUGGCUAAAGCCAUCUGAAUCUACAGCACCUGACACUCCGUGGAUGCUGCCAGAAAAAAUCAAACCACUGUACUAAAGAUAGUGCUGUGUACACGUUAAACUUAGUCUUACAAGAAAUGCUGUGAAAUGAUGCUUUCAAAUGUGCUACUGGGUUUGAAUAAACAUCUGGGAUCUGCAUAUUGCUUCUGAUAGUAAAGCUUAAAUUCCAUGUAACGUUUUUAAAUGUGAGACUACAGAGAAGGCCAGAAUCACUACUCCAGUUUCAGAGAUGAAGUCAAAAAAAAAAAAAAAAAAGUGAGGUGAGAAGACUUACAAAAUCUGACAACAGGCUAAGCUUGGAGUAGGACCCAGUCUCUUGACAGCCAUGGGAAUAACUGAGGUUUGUUUCUUUGUCUGGGAAGAAUGACUCAGAGUAGGGCUGCCUGCAACAACACUGAGAGAAGUCUCUGAAAUGAACAGUCAAGAUCAUGACAUUAUAAAUGCUGAAAAGAUUAAAUCCAAGCUGCUGCCUGUUGCUAUUGUUUCUAGCGUUGCAAGUUCCCUUCUUGACCAUAGCUAGCCAGAGAAAGAAGGAAAGAAAACAAAUCGAAAGACCUGGAUCAGUCUGAAUGGAAGCACUUGCCGGUCCAGUGGAGGUGAGCAUGUGGUAGGGAAUAGAAGUGCCCAGACGGUGACUUUUGCAGUCUGGGUGUGCCACGGAUGUGCCAUCAGGCCAUCUGUGCAUGCUGAACUGGGAGUGCAUAGCCAGAAAGGGUAGGUACUGCAUCAACGAACUUGGCAUCUGCUUGGAAGGUGGCAGCAGAUUCAGAGGGCUUUGCAAGUCCCUUUCCCUCCUACCUCUGCUGCACCCACUCUCUCCACUCUUUCGUUCACUUCAGAAUGCUGGAGCCUUCGCCCUGCUUUUUCACAGGCACAUCCUUCUGAUGUACCAGUGCCGGGGUUUCUACUUAGAUCCUCUCCUUGCCCUCUGUGUUUUUACCGUUCAGCUCACAGACUGACCCUUCACCCCGUCCCACCA